AUGUCUCAUAUGCGGAAGAAAAUUGGGAUAACAACAGCAAUCAUUUUGAGAAAAAAGAUGAAAAUGAGGAUCAGGGCAUUGAUGGGAAAGGAAUCCAAGAAGCACAAAGAACCAUAUAUCACCGAACCUGAACCAGUAGUAAAUAAAGACAAUGUCCUUGCCCACCAACGGAUUAAACGGGAUUACUCAAUGAACAAAUAUGAUACCUGCAGGACAUGGGGACAAGGAGCAAUCAGGACGUAUACUGAUGAAUUUUACCAUAUGGUAUCAACAUGUAAAUACAUUCUGACUCGCCACUGCCAAGGCAUUGUGGAAGAUUUUAAUGUGGAAAUUCAACGAAGCUCAAAUGGCAAUUUGCAACACAUCUUCAUGAAAAUCGAAGGUGUUACUAUUGUGGUGACAAACCAGAAAAUUGCAGUUAAUGAUGCUGUAAUUUCAUUGCCAUAUGAUAACAAAGUGAUUAAUAUUCAACAAUAUGGAGUCAAUGUGCGCUUUUCAAACAGGAAACACACAAUAGUUCUGCUUUGGAAUUACAAAGAUGCACUGCAGGUAACAGUUGAUGCUCAGUACCAGGGACAAUUAUGUGGCCUUUGUGGAACGUCUGAUGCAAGUGUCUCAACAACUUAUGAUUCAGACUAUACCCGAUCAUUCAAGCUGGAUGCUGCACUUAGUUCCUGCACUACCACCUUUCCGGAAACUAUUAACUGUGCAGCUGAGUGCCGUCCUCUGGAGGUGCCAGAUGAGCUGCUUGGCCAGAUCUUAGUAAUGGGCACCAUUGGCACUACAACUAGUCCCAAAAAGAGGGACCAAUGCAUCUCAGGCAAAAAUGAGGACAUUGGUGGUGGCGGCAGUGGUGGUGUUUGGGGAGAAUUUGGGCAUCUUAGGGAGAGUCGCAAAUGGACAAAAGACUGGUCAGUAAAAAUUGAAAUGCAUCCAUGUCAAACAGCAGUUAAAGAGACAUGUUUGCAGCGAGUGACAUACACAAAGUAUCAGGACAUCUACAUAUUCAAUAAUGAUGGCACUGUUGACUAUAAGGGAAAUAGAAUGGGAGUUCCUCUAGUAAAUGGUUUAUGUGGAACCUUCAAUCACAAUGCAGAUGAUGACUUUCUAAGUGCCCAGAGCAUCGUGGAGUACACAUAUAUGACUUUUGCUAACUCUUGGAGAGAAAGUGAGAAUUGCUCUUCACCACAAGUGAAUCCUGCCUGUGUCAAUUUAGAAAUUGAAAUCUAUACCAAACAGAAUUGUGCCUAUUUAAAAGAUCCUUUGGGUGCCUUUGCUGCCUGCCAUUCUGUAGUGGAUUUUGCCAAAUAUUAUGAAAUGUGCAAGGUUACUUCAUGUAAUUGUGAGAAUGUCACUGAUUGCAUAUGUGCUGCACUGGGAGGUUAUGCUCAUGCCUGUGCUGCUAAAGGCAUCAUUGUGAAUAACUGGAGAAGAUCAAUUUGCAAGGUAACCUGCCCGAGCACUCAGGUUUUCCAGUAUAGUAUGACAGCCUGUAACCGUACCUGCAGAUAUCUGUCAAAGCCUGAUAUCACAUGUCAGGUUCAAGAUGUUCCAGUUGAUGGUUGUGGUUGCCCUGAGGGAAAGUACAUGAAUGAGAAAGGAGCAUGUGUGAGCAAAUCAGAAUGCCCAUGUUAUUUUGGUGGCUUGAUUGUGCAAAAAGGCAAGGAUAUUACUGUUAACGGAGUUAGCUGCCUAUGCAAAGGUGCUUUAUGGACAUGUACUGAACGCUCAUGUCCAAAGACCUGCCUAGUUUAUGGAGAUGGUUACCACAUAACCUUUGAUGGAAAAAGAUACAGCUAUGAUGGAAACUGUGAAUAUGUCAUUGUCGAGGAUCAAUGUCAACGAGCAAUCGGUACAUUCCAAAUACUGGCGGAGAGUAUUCCCUGCUGUGAAAAUGGAGUGACCUGUUCACGGAAUAUCAGGAUUUUAUUUGAGGAUCGAGAACUAAUUCUCUUGAGUGGGAAUGGAGUAACUGAGGUGUCCCUUGGGAAAACUCAGUGCACAGAUAAUCUCUACACACUUCACACUGUUGGACUCUAUUUAGUCCUGAGAUUUUCUAAUGGGAUCACUGUGAUAUGGGACAAACGUACAAGACUGUCAGUCACACUGGAUGCAAAGUGGAAGAAUAAAGUUUGUGGCCUUUGUGGAAAUUUCAAUGAUGACAUCAAAGACGAUUUGAAAACAAAGUGGAACUAUGUGGUGACCAGUCCUGUGGAGCUUGGCAACAGUUGGAAGACAUCACAGUCCUGCUCUAAUACAGUGAAUCAAACAUUCCCUUGUGACAGAAAUCCAUAUUGUUUAGCCUGGGCUCAGAGGAGAUGCAACAUAAUCAAUAGUGCAGUCUUUCAAGCUUGCCAUAAAAAGGUUAAUCCAACUCCAUAUUAUGAUGCUUGUGUCGAAGAAGCUUGUGCUUGUGAUUUGGAGGGAAAAUAUCUGGGUUUCUGUACCGCAGUAGCUGUGUACGCAGAAGCUUGUAACAAGGUUGAUGUUUGCAUUCGCUGGAGAACUCCAGACCUGUGUCCUGUGUAUUGUGAUUAUUAUAAUGCUCCCGGUGAAUGCAGUUGGCACUAUCAGCCAUGUGGGACACUGACAACAAAGACCUGCUCAGACCAUUCCAUCGCAAAGAAGUUAUCUGCAAGUCUUGAAGGUUGUUAUGCCAAAUGCCCAGAGAAUGCUCCUUAUUUGGAUGAAAAUACAAUGAAGUGUGUUACACUACCCCAAUGUACUUGUUAUUAUGAUGGAAGAAUACUGCAACCCGGUGAAAUAACAUGGAAUGCCUGUGAAAAAUGCAUGUGUACCAAUGGAGCUACGCAAUGCGAACGGUUUACAACCAUAACUGUGAGAACAACUGUGUCAUCCACUUCAAGUCCACUUAUAUCAUUGACAACAACACCUUCUUCAACAAUACCAAGCACAGAAACAACAAGAGUGCCUCCAAGUACAUCUGGCUCCACCAGUACUUCAACAACAGAAGAAACCACUUCAACAACAGUAUACACCACGACAGCACCGUCAACGUCCAGCUCCACAACUGAACAAACAUCCAUCAUAGUCUCACCAACAACCACUGGCUCCACAACUGAAACCACAACAACACCAGAGACGACCAGCACCGCCAGUUCCAGUGCCAGCUCCACAACCGAAACCACAACAACAUCAGUGACAACUACCACAGCCAGUUCUACUGCCAGCUCCACAACUGAAGAAUCAACUACUACAACAGGGACAAGCCCGACAACUGAGACGACUGGCAGCUCCACAGCCAAAGAAACCACUUCAACAACAGUAUACACCACGACAGCACCGUCAACGUCCAGCUCCGCAACUGAAAAGACCUCCACAACAGUCUCACCAAUAAUUACUGGCUCAACCACUGGCUCCACAACUGAAGAAUCAACUACUACAACAGGGACAAGCCCGACAACUGAGACGACUGGCAGCUCCACAGCCAUAACAACAACAACAACUGUUCCUCCAACUACACCUGGCUUCACCAGUACUUCCACACCAGAAGAAACCACUUCAACAACAGUAUACACCACAACAGCACCGUCAACAUCCACCUCCACAACUGAACAAAGCUCCACAACAGUCUCACCAAUAAUUACUGGCUCAACCACUGGCUCCACAACUGAAACCACAACAACAUCAGUGACGACCACCACAGCCAGUUCUGCUGCCAGCUCCACAACUGAAGAAUCAACUACUACAACAGGGACAAGCCCAACAACUGAGACGACUGGCAGCUCCACAGCCAGAACAACAACUGUUCCACCAACUACACCUGGCUACACCAGUACCUCCACACUAGAAGAAACCACUUCAACAACAGUAUACACCACGACAGCACUGUCAACGUCCAGCUCCACAACUGAACAAAGCUCCACAACAGUCUCACCAACAACUACUGGCUCAACCACUGGCUCCACAACUGAAACCACAACAACAUCAGUGACGACCACCACAGCCGGUUCUACUGCCAGCUCCACAACUGAAGAAUCAACUACUACAACAGGGACAAGCCUGACAACUGAGACGACUGGCAGCUCCACAGCCACAACAACAACAAGUGUUCCUCCAACUACACCUGGCUACACCAGUACUUCCACAACAGAAGAAACCACUUCAACAACAGUAUACACCACGACAGCACCGUCAACGUCCAGCUCCACACCUGAACAAACGUCCACAACAGUCUCACCAUUAAUUACUGGCUCAACCACUGGCUCCACAACUGAAACCACAGCAACAUCAGUGACGACCACCACAGCCAGUUCUGCUGCCAGCUCCACAACUGAAUCAACUUCUACAACAGGGACAAGCCCAACAACUGUGACGACUGGCAGCUCCACAGCCAGUAUCUGUCAAUGGUACUGA